AUGCUUAAGUACACCAAGAUAAGUCUGGAACUUCUGACGGAUAUGCUGCUGAUGUUCGAAAGAGGUAAAACAUUUUAUUUUAUUUUUUACAUAUUAACUAUUAUUAUAUUAAUUGUAUUUUAUAGGUAUACACAAUGGAUUGGUGCAGGCGAGCAAACGAUAUGGGAAGGCCAACAAUUAUACGGUGGAAGACUAUAACAAAAUGAAAGAAGAUUCAUGGAUUAUAAAUCAGGAUUGUAAGUAUACAUAUUAUUAAAAAUAUUUAUAUAUAUAUAUCUAUAUAUAUCAGUCACAUACUUAUAAUUUUUUGUUUUUUUCUGUUUAUUUUAGGCAACAAUUUGUAUGGGUAG